CACUUCCUUCUAUUUGAAAUAAUGAUAAACAAAAUUUUAUCAUGAAAGUUGUGCAGUGAUCAAGCUAGUUUUUAGAUGUGAUAUUAAACUUUAUUAAUAACAAAUGAUUUCAUUUAUGUAAAGUGUACUGCCUUUAUUGCGACCUGUGGUUAAGUGCCAGCAAAGUCUUUCUUCAUUCUCAUCAUGGUGCUCCCACCACCAGACAAGCGUCAUGUGUGUCUUACAACAAUUGUAAUCAUGACCAGCAUGGCUUUUAUGGAUGCAUACCUUGUGGAACAAAACCAAGGACCACGUAAAAUUGGAGUUUGUAUUAUCGUACUAGUUGGUGAUAUCUGCUUCUUGAUUGUACUGCGCUAUGUGGCUGUGUGGGUUGGGGCAGAGGUAAAAACUGCAAAACGAGGAUACGCCAUGAUAUUGUGGUUCCUAUAUAUAUUUGUGCUGGAAAUCAAGUUAUAUUUUAUAUUUCAAAAUUACAAAGCUGAUAAAAAAAACAUAGAUACUGUGGCCAGAAAGGCAUUGACGUUGCUGCUAUCUAUUUCUGUACCAGGACUGUAUUUGGUUCUUGUAGCACUCGAUAGCAUGGAAUAUGUAAGAACUUUUAGGAAAAAAGAAGAUCUGAGAGGUCGAUUGUUUUGGGUGGCUCUUGAUUUACUUGAUAUUUUGGAUAUUCAAGCUAAUUUAUGGGAACCACACAAGACUGGACUCCCCAUCUGGGCUGAGGGUCUGAUGUUUUUUUAUUGUUACAUCCUGCUUUUGAUUCUUCCCUGUGUCUCUUUAAGUGAAAUCAGUAUGCAAGGAGAACACAUUGCACCACAGAAGAUGAUGCUGUAUCCUGUUCUGAGUUUGGUUACAAUUAAUAUUGUAACAAUUUUUAUCAGAGCUGUAAAUAUGGUUUUAUUUCAAGAUAGUAGAGUUUCAACCAUUUUUAUUGGCAAGAAUAUCAUUGCAAUAGCCACCAAGGCCUGUACUUUCUUGGAAUACAAAAAACAAGUGAAAGAAUUUCCUCAAAAUGCCAUCGCUCUUGAACUUCAACAUAAUUCAAUACCACACAACCAGACAAUUCACAGUACACAAGCUGCUCAUCAUGAGCAAUCACCUUCAAGAGAAAUUGUGGAUACAUGACAAGAUUGCUGGUCUUUUUAAUUAGCUCUUAUAUUAUGGACUGAUGAUAAUAUUGGUUGUAACAUAAGGGGAUGGGCAGACAUUCUUCAUUCACGUCAGUCUCUCAUAAACAUGUCUGGAGUAUUUUGUUAUUAAAAGUAUUAAUAGUUACCCAUAAAUAAAACAUUGUUUUAACAGAAAAAAAAAUGUGUAUGAUACAAUUGAUAAAUGUAAUGCAAUCUUCAAAAAGUGUAUUGGAAAGAGCAUAGAGCGGUAUGUUAUUUUAAUUAAUUGCCCAUCUCUACCAAUUAAUGACCUUUUGGAAAUAAAAGUUACAUAGGCACAAACAUAUAUUAAAAAUCUGAGUGUCCCGUGACCUCUCAAGCUCAGGUAUACGUCUUAUUCAAUUUUAUUGCCAAUUAUGAAAAUGUGUUUAUUUUCUAGUUUUUUUAUGUGUAGUUUUACUUAAUAGUUAUUUCUUCAAUUUUAAUCAAACUGCCACGUUUAAUUACAUUUUAUUCACAGUGGUACAAAUAUUGGUCUCAUUUGUUCAGAUUUAAAUAGGUAUGCAAAAUGUAUUUAUGCACUCUAAAACUGUUUGCAUUUGUUUUGCCCUUUCAACUAUUUCCAUGAAUAUAAUUAUUUUUAUUUUUGUUCUCAGCUAUUUUUAUGUGUUAACCUUGAAUUGCUUGCAGUGAGUUGAAUAUAGAAAUCGCUUGAUUUGUACCAUAAGUUAAUCAAAGGUAAUUGAUGAUUCAUGUGUGCUAAUGUAUUUGCAAAUUGCCAGUCACAAGUAUACAAAUGUAACUUUGAUUUUAUUCUGGUACAGCAGUACAUUAUCAUAAAUCACGUCUGUAAAUUGGGGGUGGAACCAUUUCUGUUAAAAUAAUUUGAUGCCAAAUUGUACAAUGAAUAUGUGGAAUUAUAUAUAUGUGUUGAUAAAAAAAAGAGGGACAUGUGUGCAAUCAUGACAUAAAUAACUAUGCCAUGGCAUAAAUAACUAUAUGUAUGAGAGAUGGUUAUAAAUUAGAUUUUUAAUUACUUUUCCAUUUGUUAUCUGUUCUUUAUCACGGCUAAAUCAAAAACUCAGAAGAACAGAAAUUAAAAUGACAACAAAGCCUUAAAAAUAAAUCUUAAAAGUGAGUGUUUCAUCAGAUCUAAUUUGUUAAGAGCUUUUUAAAAAAAAUCUUAACCUUGGCAAUUUUUACAGCUGUAUUCUGAAAUUAUACAUAAUAAAUCAAUAAAAAAAGUCAAUAAAAUCAACUUUUGUACACGUAACUAAGGUGUAAGUAAAUCUGGGUUAAAAUUCUUCUUGUUUUACAUUCACUGAGAUAUGUACUAGUGUGUAUAUUUUUUCCCAAGGAAUAUGUUUUGUGAAUUUAUGACUAAUGUAAUCUGGCUUCAGAUAUAUAUUUUUGAGAAGCUGUGUGUUAAUUGAUUUACUAACAAAGAACUCUAAAUUCAAUUUGGAGGCACAUUUGGA